AUGGCGAGCAGCGAAGCACCGCGCGUGUCGGCUUCGUCCAAGGUUGACGGCGCCGCCGCGACCAAGGACCUCCCUCCCUUGUCUGACCGCGACUUCCGUAUCUAUAACCGAUUGGCCGAGAAAAUGGAUCUACUUCACAACAACUUCCGUCGCUCAUGGAACCUCCUCUGGUCGGCGUGCGAGGCCAACCGACGGCCGCGCGGCAUGACGCUCAAGCAGUUCAUCAACGAGGGCCUCAGGUUCGCCGAGCACCUGACCAUGCACCACGACAUCGAGGAGCAGCACGUCUUCCCCCACCUGGGCCUCCGCAUGCCCGAGUUCCGCGGUGACCUUCAGGGCCAACACGCCCAGAUCCACCGCGGACUCGUGGGCUUCGAGACCUACCUCCGCGAUUGCACCUCCGGCCGGAAGGACUUUGAGCUAUCCGCGCUCCACGAGAACAUGAAGUCCUGGAGCAAUAUCCUCUGGACUCAUCUGGACGACGAGGUGAAGGUGUUGGGCGCCGAGAACAUGAGGCGGUAUUGGUCUAAGGAGGAUAUGCAGAGGAUGCCCAUGUGA